AUAAUCAGGAACCAGUUGAAAUCCUCUGCCUCAAUCACUUCCGGGUCCUGGCAUCGCGUGGCAAGGGAUGUAAACAAAAGCAUAUUCUGAAUUCAUCAACAUAAACUUUAGUAACACUGACAUGGGCAUCGAUGCAAAAAUAUGUUGCGUCACUGUUGCGGCUAUCUUACUGCGGUGGACAGUCUCUCUCAAUUCAUAUUCAGGUUACAAGACUCCACCGAUGUAUGGUGAUUACGAAGCCCAGAGGCACUGGCAGGAGAUAACAGUGAAUCUACCGCCAGGAGAAUGGUACACGAACACCACAAGCAACGACCUGCUGUACUGGGGGCUGGAUUAUCCCCCUUUGACUGCCUACCACAGCUACAUGUGUGGAUACAUUGCGCGACUGAUCAACCCAGACUGGGUGUCUCUCAACACAUCACGGGGUUACGAGAGCUACCAACACAAACUCUUUAUGCGGUACACAGUGCUGGCUGCGGACCUUGUGGUCUUUGUCCCGGCGGUGCUGUACUAUGUGCUGUCACAGUGGAGACUUGGGGCCAAGGAGAAGAUGUUCGGAGCUAUGGCACUGCUGCUGAGUCCUGGGCUCAUCCUCAUUGACUACGGACACUUUCAAUAUAAUGGCAUGAGCCUCGGUCUGGCACUGUUGGCCAUGACCUUCCUAGACAAAGGUCAUGACCUCCUUGGGUCUGUUGCGUUUGUGUUGGCGUUGAACUACAAGCAGAUGGAGCUGUAUCACGCCAUGCCGUUCUUCUGCUACCUCCUAGGUUCCUGCUUCCAAGUGUCCUUCUCCAAGGGCUACCUGAAGUUGAUGAUGCUGGGCCUUGUGGUCGUCAUCACGAUGGGGAUGUGUUGGCUGCCAUUCCUCUCUGACCUUGACAGUGCUCUUGCUGUUCUUCGUAGACUCUUCCCCUUCAACAGAGGAUUGUAUGAGGACAAGGUGGCAAACGUGUGGUGCAGCCUGUCUGUGGUGGUCAAGCUGAAGGAGCUGAUGGCCCAGGAAACACUGGUACUGAUGUGCCUCGGUUCCACCCUGAUCAUGCUGCUGCCAUCAUCUCUACAUGUGCUGACCAAGCCAACCAUCGAGAACUUCAAACUAGCACUCAUUAAUUCGUCUUUAGUGUUUUUCCUCUUCUCCUUCCAAGUCCAUGAGAAGUCCAUACUCCUAGCCGCGGUGCCCCUGGCUGCCCUGGCCCCAAGCUUCCCCCUGGCCAGUGUGUGGUUCAUGGUCAUCUCAACCUUCAGUAUGCUGCCACUGUUGGUGAAGGACGGGCUGCUGCUGGCAUCAGUGGGACUGACUGUACUGUACACGGUAGUGAUGAUGUUGUAUGAUGUUUCAGUAUGCUGCCACUGCCAUCGGUGUGACUGUGUUGUAUGCGGUAGUGAUGAUGUUGUAUGUAUGCUGCCACUGUUGGUGAAGGACGGGCUGCUGCUGGCAUCAGUGGGACUGACUGUACUGUACACUGUAGUGAUGAUGUACAGUCAACAAGCCUACACCGACAAGCAGGCGGAGGGAGCAGGGAAAACCUUAGUGAAAAUACUUUUUACCAUGUCAUGCCUGGGUGCAGGUGCACUCACCGUGGUCAGUCAGGUGGUCAAGGCACCAGCCAGACUGCCAGACUUAUUCCCGGUCCUCAUAUCGGUCUACUCCUGCGGCCAUUUUGUCCUCUUCCUGUUGUACUUCACAUACUACCAGCUGUUCCAGACUGGCUUCAAAAAGUAUAUCUCUGUGCAGACUUCAAAGAAAACUUCAAAGAAGACCAAUUAAUAAAAUUGUUGCAAUUUCUCAA